AUGAACAACAUCUGCUCUUCAUCACCUACUCCGGUAUCUAGCACCAUCUGCCAUAGUCUCGAUGACGAAAGGUCCUCAACGAGAGAUGUCGUUGUCCAAGCAGGUCGAUUGCUCGCGAGACCAACAUUAUGGAGAGGGAUCGUUCUCACGGAUGUCUACAGGCAGAGUCUCUCCGCCAGCUUGGAGUCGGUCCAGGCGAUCGGGUGCCCCUGGUCGUCAAAAGGGGUGUUGAUAUGCUGGUCGGCAUCAUGUCAAUCCUUACGUGUGGCGCCCAUUCACGUGCCCCUCGACGGUGGCGUCGUGCCAGACUCGACCCUGCAUUUCGUUCUAGAACAAACUGGUGGACGCACUGUCUUGGUCCUCCGGUCCACCCAGCACCGCCUGGCUGGGUCCGGUGUCAGCAACGUCAUCGCCAUUGACGGGAACGACGCUCCGGAGGCGGACGACUAUGAAAAGUCCACAACGCCACAAGACCUGGCCACGUCUGACUCUGGAUGCUAUGUCAUCUAUACCUCAGGCACAACGGGAACGCCCAAGGGAGUGGACGUUACUCACCGGAAUGUCACAAAUCUAGUGUGCCUGUCACCAGGAGGACUGGACAUUGGGUCCGGCACACGCGUUGGUCAGAUCCUGAACAUCAGCUUCGAUAUGGCUGCUUGGGAGAUGCUCGGUUGUCUCUGUAACGGUGGUACUCUGAUCCUGCGCGGUUCGAAUUGGGUGCAAGCCCUCCAACAAGUGAGUGACGUCGACGGAGAGGGGCUGGCCGACACGUGGGCGACGCAUGGCCGAUAUUACAACUGCUGCGGCCCGACCGAGACCACCAUCGUUAACACGAUGCAUGCACACGUCCCCGGGCAGCCUCUUUCGAUCGGCAGACCCACGCCCAAUAACAAUGUCUACCUGCUCGACGAGGAUGGCACCCCUGUCGGGGUCGGCGAGGCGGGUAUCAUGUGGGCGGGUGGCCUUGGCGUCUCGCGCGGCUACGUCAAGUUGCCGGAGAAGACGGCCGAGAAGUAUAAGCGCGACCCCUUUGUGAACGACGGGUCCAUGAUGUACAACACUGGGGAUCUCUGCCGCUGGGCGGCCGACGGAUCGGUGGAUAUCCUGGGCCGCGUGGAUGACCAGGUCAAGAUCAAGGGCUUCCGUGUCGAGCUUGACGGCGUGACGUCGUCCAUGAACACGUUCUGCGAGGUCGACAGAGCGGCCGCUCUUCUGAUCGACGAAGAGAUCCAUGGCUUCGUGACGCCCAAACACUGCAACCUUGAUGCACUGAAGGAACACAUCAAGGGUCGUCAACCCUACUACGCCAUUCCUAGCAAAUUCCACCGUCUUGCAACUCUCCCUCUGACUCCCAACGGCAAGAUUGACAAGAAGGCUCUGCGGUCCUUCGCUAUCACGCCUGAAGACGACGCAUCCACCAUAUGUGAGAGCGCCUCAGGCAAGUCCAUCCGCUCCAAGGUCACCGCAGUGGAGAAGGCGAGGUCCAUUUCGUCCACGUCGAGUGUCACAGAAGUCAACUCGGUCUUGUCGGCCUCCGACAUCCCAGUCCCAGACGAAAAGGGCCACCUGGACGAAGACGUGCCCUCCAAGACGCACCGCAAGCCAUUCCGCAACCUGCGCAACCGCCUGCUCAUCGUCUACCGCCGCCUAUUCACGCUUGUUGGUCUUUUCAAUAUUGCUGCCGUUAUUGCGCUUGUGUUGGUAGGGCCAACGCAAGAAUGGAUCGGUAUCAUCACAUCCAUCAACCUCGCCACCGCCGUUCUUGUCCGCCAAGAAUUCGUCAUCAACGCCCUUUACACAAUCACCUGCAACGUGCCGAAAUCGUGGCCGCUGUGUAUCAGAUCUCGGUGUGCCAAGAUCUACCACCUCGGUGGAGUCCACUCAGGAGCCGCUGUGUGUGCAGGCUUGUGGCUUCUUGCUGCCAACAUCAGCGACACGGUGUGUAUGUUCUCUCAAUGUUCUGGCUGGGGCAGGCAGUCACUGGCCACCAAGAUCAUCUCAUGGAUGCUGUCUGCUCUGUUCAUGGUCAUGUUUGUCCUGGCAUACCCCUCCAUCAGGAAGACAUACCACAACCUCUUCGAAAAGACGCACCGCUUCGUUGGAUGGACCAUGCUUGGCCUCUUCUGGGCACAGAUUGUUCUGAAAACCAAUGAUGAUAAGGCCACCGACCUGUCGCUUGGCGAUGCUUGUGUCCGGUCGCCUGCCUUCUGGCUGCUCACCGUCGCGACCUUGAGCAUUGCAUCAUCCUGGUUCUUUCUCCGCAAGGUCCCAGUCGAUGCCGAAGUCUUGUCAAAUCACGCCAUCCGCCUGCACUUUGACUACACAGUGCCCGUCAACGGCUCGUUCACACGCAUCUCCCAUCGACCUCUUCUCGAAUGGCACUCCUUUGCCACCAUUCCCGCCCCGGAGCCCGUCGAUGGUCGACCCAAGGGCUACUCUCUCGUCGUCUCCAACGCUGGCGAUUGGACGCGAGCUUGUAUUGAGAAGCCUCCAACGCACAUGUGGGUGCGCGGUGUCCCCACUUGCGGCGUCAUGCGCAUCGCGACGCUCUUCAACCGCGUCGUGGUCAUCGCCACAGGAUCCGGGAUCGGUCCUGUGCUUGGUCACAUCCAGAAUCCUUCGUGCGCCACGCAACUCAUCUGGUCUACGAAAGAGCCUGAGAAGACCUUUGGCGAAGGUCUUUUGCACACAAUCAAGGGCAAGAUCCCCGAUGCUGUCAUCCACGACACCAAAAAGCUCGGCCGCCCCGACCUCGUCAAGAUGGGCUACAACCUGGCCAAAAGCUUCGAUGCUGAGGCUGUGAUCAUCAUCGCCAACGAGAAGAUCACCAAGAAGGUCGUGUAUGGCCUCGAAAACGCGGGGCGUGCCGGCCUAUGGCGCCAUCUGGGACAGCUGAGCAUGUCAGAGCCGGCCGUGGGCUCUGGUUUUUCGAACUUUUUCUUUUCUACAUAUUUCUUCUGGGUUGUUUCUUUUGGUUGCAACUAG